GACGCCGCCUCUUCCGUAGGUAGAGAAGAGUUUAAAACCAAUCUUGAGACGCGGGACACUUCAUAAAAGGGACAGUGCGUCGUUUUCACGGACUAGUAGUGGACAGGAGCUGACGGAGAGCAAGAACGUCUUUAUUGGGAAUACCCGCGGAGUUUAUGUUGAGUAGUUUUUGAGAUUCACAAGACAAUAAAAAUGAAAUCUCCAGAGUUGAAGUCUCAAGGUAAAUUUAUUUCAGCUACAUUCCUUGAGGAGGAGGAUGAUCUGUCUGACGUGCUGUGUGAGUUUGACGCGGUGAUCGAGGAUUUUACGUCCCCGGUGGAGAAAAGACACUUCCGCUACGACGAGCACCUGAAGACAGCGAAGAGACUCAGCAGCGCCAGCGUCAGUGACAGCGGCAUCAGCGACUCGGAAAGUGCUGAGUCACUCAACAGGAACAGCUUCAGUUUCAGUGAUGAGAGAUUGAACUCUCCCUCCCCCACCACUCCCCCAUCUCUGAUGUCACCCAAAGCUAAACUGGGAGACACUAAAGAACUGGAGGACUUCAUUGCUGACCUUGACAAGACAUUAGCCAGCAUGUGACAUAGAGCCCAAUAAAAGAGACCCUUUUUGGAGAGUUGCCAUCGAGAGGAGAGGACUCCCUGUCCAGACACCAAGGCUCCCCCCCAACAAACACACACACACACACACACACACACACACACACACACACACACACACACACACACACACACACACACACACACACACACACACACACACACACACACACACACACACACACACACAA